AUGAUGCUGUGGUUUGUCUGUAUAGGUCACUGGUUACGCAAGAGGAAGCCUGUGGACUACGUUCGAUCUGUUCACGGAUUUACCCGUGACCCUUCCAGCAACGAAGACUACGUUGAUGACCCUUUUGCGAUGACAGACGAUGUAGCGAAUGAAGAGGCCAACAUGGGGAGCCUCGAAGGAGAAGAGAACAACGAGGUGAUUGCUGACGACACCGUGCCUAAUAACGUGGAUGUGGAGACCAAGAACGCGCCGGCGGCUAUGACGGGCCCAGGAAGUGGUGACGCAGCAUUGGGCACGAGCGAUGACGUUGGCACGACUACCGCCGCAACCAGCGCGAGUGGAGUGACUGGGCUGUGCGUCGAUGCGGGCAAGAAGGACGCGUGUGCCAGUGCUGCGACCACGGCGAAGGACGACACGCCAGAGUCGAUGCCGAACGACAGUAAUGAUAGUGCGGGUCCGGAGGCGCGCGAUUCAAAUGUGGACGAAGGUGACGCGAAUAUGGAAGAUGGUGAUGCGGCUGUUGACUCGAAUGUGGUAGUUAGUGACGCGAAUGUGGAUGAAGGCGAUGCGGACGCGGAUGUGGACGCGAAUGUAAUCCGUGCUAACGCAACACGUAUACUAGAGCGCGUUUCGCACAGCUUCCAGCGUAUGUGGUGUACACAUGGCUCAACGCAAUCCUCCCGCGGCGAAGGUCUCCGCAUUUGUGCGUUGAGGUACGAUGUAUGUGUGGCGAGCUUCCUGGUACGGUGUGUCAAGGUUGUCAAACAGGGUAUGGCUGCACGGGAGGUGCAAUUGGAAUCGGACACUGAGAUAUCUACGCACAACCACGAAACAAACAAUUUCAUUUUUGACUCGUAUCGUGAAGCAAAGUUCAUCUCGAUUCCGUCCCAGGUUCACCGAGAGUUUGGGCUCUUGAUGGAUAUGAAGACGAGCACUUCGAAUAUCAACCGAUUUCUGUCGAAGCAGCUUGAUGGGUCCCAGUGA